UAAAAAAUGUAUUAAACAAUAACUUCCUUUUGAAAUUGAUAAAACUUCUUACUUUGUCAGUCGACAAUAUGUUACCGAAAAGCUUGAUUGUAAUUUUGCUAAUUGUCGAUUUAUUCUUAAUUGAAAGUUCAACGGUUAGAAUAAACUACGUCAGAUGUAAUUACAAUGGUUUCACGUGCAGUACUUCCAAACAUAAUACGCAAUUGAUAUAUUUCCAGUGUCCUAAUGAAGAUGUUACGCUUUUCAUCAAUCAAUUCAACAGUCCAAGUAACAUAGAAUCGUUACAAAUACAAAAUUGCAAGAAUCUAACAAUUUCAUUCGGAUGUGGUUCAGACUUAAGAAAUAUAGAAUCGCUAAUUAUCAAAAACAUAGGAUUUCUGAAGAUCCAACUUCAACAACGUACUUCUCACGUGCCCGCUUCAGUUUCUUUCGAAAACAUCGCAUACUUAGAAGAAAUACCGAAAUUAGCGUUUGCGCAACACGACAAAAUCACCCAUUCUUAUAACUGUAUAACACCAAAAAACGAUUUCCGAACGUUAUCUUUCAAAAAUGUAACAAUAGGAACCGUUCAAUCAAACGCCUUUCACAUGCCGAACAAAUUCGGAGAUUUUAGUUUUACUGACGUGAAAAUAAACAGAAUGCAGGCAUCGGCUAUUCUAGUCAAACUUGAUAAACUUUCCAAAUUCACAAUAGCUAACAGCGAGAUUGAUGUUGUAGAACAUUUGGCGUUUCAAACUACUGCUAAAACUGUUGCUUUCAAACAAAAUAAAUUCAUCGAUAUCGCUUCUAGCGGAAUAAACGGCACUAUAGAGAAUUUCGAAUUUUCAAUCAAUGCAGUCAAUACCUUACAGCCGUAUUCCAUAUCGAUACUUUGUACCAACGUACAUAUAUUUCAAAACAAAUUUGAGUACAUGAAAAGUGGCGCUUUAGAAAAAAUAAGUCCUGGAUUAAUUGAAGAUUCAGGAAUGAAUUUCGGUAAACUCAAAUUCGUCUAUGAAUUCAAAAAUAACACCAUUCGUUUCAUGGACGCUGGUUCCAUCAAUCCUGAUAUUGCAGCUUAUGGUAACGUCGCUACGGAAAUCAUUGUUCACGGAAAUAGGAUAUUAUGUGAAUGCGAAAAUAUCGCUUGGAUUUUUCCCGGAGUAGGCCACGGUUUCAAUACCCGCUAUCUAGUACCGUUUUACGAGAAUCUUCUAAAUAACAAAAGCAACAAUCUGUGCUCAUCUUCAUGCGAUCUACCUCUAGCUUCAGCUAUCCAACAAUUACAAAAUGGUAAAUGUCUUGACAACGUUACAGCUGAUUGGAUUUGCGACAAUAAAAAUAAAAUUGAACCAACAACUACAAUUGCAAGUUUGUGGAGUACCCCCCAUCCAUCUCUCACCAUUUCCACUAGAAGAAGCAUUCCUCGUCCUCGUGGAUAUAUAUUAACUAUUCAUGGUUCUUCGCGUAUGUUUAAACCAAUCAAUAUUAUUCUAGCCAUUGGAUUAGUUUUCUUAGGUGCUAUAUAAAUACUUUAACAUUGAAACCUUGUUUUCUAUCAAGAUUUUUCACAUGCCCCCAACUAACCUUAUCUACAAGGUAUCUCCAAAGAAUAUCUGGCAUUUGUUAGUUCAAUAGAACAAAAUAAAAUAUGUUAAUUAUUAUAUUUCUGAUGGUAUUCUAAUAUGGAAAGAAAAAUUGAUAUAAAAUGAUAACAUGCUUAACGUGUCAGUUAAUUAUUACCCAAGCUUUCUAUAAUUCCUAUUUCAAACUAAAUAAAUUCAUUAAUAAUCUUGGAAGACUAACUUCCUAGAUGGAACUACAGUUAGAGACUACUGUUGUUAAUAUACAAUGUGUGUCAAAAAUAUUGAGCCUGAAUCUCCUAAGACUUUUACUUGAUAAUAUUUGCCGGCUUAACUGAAAGUCCUUUACCUAGAGGACAAAUAUUCCACGCAAUAUACGUCAAGAAAAGUAAUAUAAAAAAAUAUCAUAAGUACUGUUCAUAACCUUCGAUGCUGCAAAAUAAUUUUGUAAUUUCUGUCCGUUUUAUUUGCAUAAUUUAUACUACAAAUAAAUAUGUUAUAUUCUUGUUAAUAGAAUAAAGAAUUUUUAUACUUUUCUUUAUCACGAAACGCCGGUGCAUCCUAACCUAAAUGUAGUUAGUUAUUUCCACUUACCCGUUUGUUAAUUUUUAAAACCAAAUUUAACUGACUGAAAAACACUCGACACAUAAUCCUUCAAGUUUUCUUACACAAAAAAAAUUCAAAGAGGUCCAUUUCCUCACAAAUCUCACCUUUCCUCACCACACGAGCACCGCGUAAACAAAGCAAAUGGCGGAAUUAACUCAGAGGUGGAACAGUCUUAAAUAGCUGCGAACAACGUAACAGUAACAGUGGAAAGUGUAAGUGAAUUUGAUUGUGUUUUGUUGUGUUUUAUUGAAUAUGCUGAUAUUUAUUGUUUAAUGUUGCAAUCUAUGUAGAAUUAAGGUUAGGUUAGGUUAGGUUAUGUUAGGUUAGGUUAGGUUAGGUUAGGUUAGGUAAUUCACCACUGAUUUUAGCUUUAUGAACAAUACUUACAAUAAAAUAACUUCUGCUAUUUUUUGGUGGGAAUUGGCUAACAAUUUCUGAAGUUUUGCUGCUUCUAUACUCAUGAAAUAAGAAUUAUAAUGAGUUGGUAUGUAAUAAAAAAGGGGUAUUAGUAAAACUAUCAACAAAGGAAGAUAUAUUUUAUUUAGUUUCGAUUGUAUUAAAUAUUAUUCUUUUCUAAAAUAAAUGUAUGUCAUCCUUAU